GACGCAGCGCUGUGUAGUGUCUGUUCACUACAUACAUUAGCAGCUCCGGCUGCCCUUCGCUGUCUUCGUUCAAGAUCAGCGCUCGCGGUCCACAAAAGAUUGUCGCACGCACCUACUCCCUCCCCCAUUCCAUCAAUCAUCAGUCCCGUCCAGUCUACUGUAGCAAUCACCACCACGCACCACGCCGACGCUUAAUCCUAUUCCCUCCCUUUCCCCCUCCCCGGGCGAGCAACGAUCGACAGCCUCACUGCUCGACCUGCCCACUGUGCCCAGGCCGCGUGCCCACCACUGCCUCACUGCGCUCUCGCCUCCGCCCCAUCACCGCGGCUGGACUGGACGAAUGCUGCCCUCUGCCACCGUCGCCCAUCUGAAACACCUACCCGUCAACGGCGACGGUUCAAGACCCGCUGCUCUAGCUGCAUCCCAUACCGGUGCCACUGCUACCCAUUGAGACUCUUGACAGCGUUCACACUGCUCCCUCCAGGAACCACUCUCCCUUUGCCUUUGCUCGCCCCGAUCGUCACUCGCACUUGCCUCGAGAGGACUUCCCAAGGCCCACUGCCUUAUUUGGGAUCCUUCCCAGCCUUGACAGACGGAGCACUUAAGCACGCUGAUCCCGCACAUCCUCCGUGGCAGAUCGCCUCUCCACGUUUUGGGACGCUCCUUCUCCAGAGUUGAUCACUACUCGCCAAGGCCUUUUGUUUCAACUUCGAGCCUGCGCCCUCUUCACUCCUCCUCGUCCCAUCUUCAAUAUCAUACCACGUCGAUACCAUGGCCAUGGCUGUGGACUCUCGUCAGCAGCAUCCCUUCAGCAACAUGGGCUACGACAAUGCGCGAUACCCUCAGCCGCCGCACUUUACGAAUCCUUGGGGGUCGUCGCCGGCUUCCACGCAGGGUCCUAUGUACGCGACCCCGAUGCCUCAGACGACCGUGGGUGCAGAUUCACGUUACGUGCACGCACCCACUGCUUCUCCUGCCUAUGCUGGCGGCCUUCCUGCUCAAGACAUGAGUGCGCCCCGGCCGUAUGGUGCUUCCUACACAUCUGGCCCAUCCCCGCAAUCGACAUAUGCGCCCACGGCCGCACCUUCAUACGCCACUGCAUACGGAUACGACAGGCGUUCAUCGCACCCACUGAACCAAGCUUCAGAAGCGGAGCGACAGAGCUUCAGUGAUGCUCUGGACGCCAGCCGUGGCAUGGUGGCCAUGAGCCAAUCGGACAUCACUCCCAGAAACAUUUACGGCGCGACGAAUCCCGCCCGAUCAGCUGCGACAGACUCGUACGGGUUCCCCGCAGGACAUUCGUCGCACUCGUCGAUUUCCUCGGGGAGCACGUACCCGACAUAUUACAACAGUUCCGUGAGCGAAGCUUCGGUGGACUACAGCUCCGCCAGCGAGUCUGCCGACCUUUCGCACUCCCGAACACUGCCUCCACCGCAUGCACUGCAAGGCAUGCCACCAGCACCGCAAUCGAUGAUGGGACAGUUCAGCUCCAAGGUGUCGUCGAGCUCGCAGAAGAAGCACAAAUGCAAGAUUUGCGACAAGCGAUUCACCAGACCAAGUUCGCUACAAACACACAUGUACAGCCACACGGGCGAGAAGCCAUUUGCUUGCGACGUGGAAGGCUGCGGACGUCAUUUCUCUGUCGUCUCUAAUUUGAGAAGACACCGCAAGGUGCACAAGGGAGAAGGCGGAGACGUCCACUCGCACGACGAGGAUGAAGAAUGAGCAAUCACCACUCGAUGGUAGCACAUGUCCAGCAUUGUACAGACCGCGACAGGAAACGCGACGAGGACCAGGCGCAUAUAUUGGAUUUUUUUAAUUUUCGACGAUUCACUCGCUAGUCAUUUCGACUUGAUACCCCCGAUUCGCGCGUAGAAGUUGGAAAAAAAGGUUUCAGGGCUGCAACAGGCGUUCUAGGUGCAUGGAGUCGGCUACCCAGGAGCGGCACGCGACAGGCAAGCAAUUGAUAUCGACAGAUUUCAGGGUCAUGGGCAGUUUUUUUUCUUGUCGACAUGGCCACGGAGAGUGAUGGAGGAAUGUAGGCAGAGCAGCAGGAGUAGCUUGUAUAUUAUGUUGCGAGAUAGCCAACGUCUCAAACACAUGCACACACAUAC